UGAGCGGCUGUGCGGCUGUGAUGCUUGAAGCUGCAGAAGUCGCAAACCGCGAAAUAUUCCUAGAUAAUUCGUGAUUUUCACCGCACUUCCUGUCACAUAGUACAAGUGAAAGGGCAUUGCGGCUGCCAGAACCAAAUUUGUGUAAUGGCAUCCGCGGAGGAGCCCCUGUACCUGACGGUGGGCACUGACGUUAGCGCCAAGUACCGGGGAGCAUUCUGUGAAGCCAAGAUAAAGAAGGUACAGCGCAUGGUAAAAUGCAGGGUAACCUUCAAAAACAACCAGGGCACUCACCUAGUGCCUGAUGACCACAUUCGUGGAGACCUGAAGAUUGGGGCUCAUGUGGAAGCCAAGCAUCCAGACAAGAGCCAGUUCUUAGAGGCUGUCAUUGGGAAACUGUUGGAUUACAGCCAGUACACUGUUGUGUUCGACGAUGGAGACGAAACCACGCUCCGUAGAACGUCUCUCUGUCUCAAGAGCGGUCGUCACUUUGCAGAAAGUGAGACUCUGGAUCAGCUGCCACUGACCAACCCGGAACAUUUUGGGACACCGGUCAUGGGCAGCAAGGCCAAGCGCAAGCGACGCUCUGCCGCUGCCGCUAGCCUUCCGCUUGAAGAGGACAGCAGCGAGGAGGAAUCCGCGCCUCCGCAGCGCGGCCGUGGUGGGUCUUCCAGUUGGCCCCUCGCCACAGUGGGACGAGUGGUCUGCUUGGAAGGGGACCGACGCAAGAAGGACAGCUGGCUUCCGGCAUUAGUGGUUAGCCCGGGACAGGAAGGAAUCCUGACCAACAGGGACGAGUGCCUCGUUCGCUCCUUCAGAGAUGGAAAAUAUUACCAGGUGCCCAAGAGACAUCUACGACAGUACAGCCGCGACAGUGUACCCCAGCGUGUGGAGAACAGUACCCAGAAGGUUGCGCUGGAGAGGGCACAGACGUACCUCGAGAAAGGGGAACUGCCUGCCCACUGGGAUGCCCAAAUGCUCCUGCGAGGAGAUGUCACCGUUAAGGACGAGGAUGACGACGACGAUGAAGACGGCGCUGAUGAUGUCUCUGAUGACGAACCUAGCGAGGAGAAAGACCGUUUUGUAGCACAGCUGUACAAGUUUAUGGAUGAACGUGGGACCCCGAUUAACAAGGGCCCCGCGAUCAACGGCCAAGACCUGAACCUGUAUCGGCUGUUUAGAUUGGUCGGACAACUCGGAGGAGGGAACAGGGUCUCCAACCAGAGCCAAUGGCGUCGUGUCUAUACCCGGCUGGGCUUACCUCCCCCUGCCAAUCAGGGCAAUGCACACCUGUUGAGGAACUCUUACAAGAAAUACCUGCAGAGCUUUGAAGACUUCUAUCGCAAGCUGGGCUGCACGAUGGAGUCCCACCCCCGGGGUGGCAUCUCAUGCAGGGGCUCGGGACGUUCCCCCCGGCACCAUCGGGUGCUCACGCGGAACCAGGACCGGGGACUCGCCCUCUUUGCACCCCCGCCUGCCAAAGAGAGGAAAGAGGUUGUUGUGAAAGAGGAGGAAUCGACACCAACCGCGAAGGAGGAGACUGGUCGGGGAUCUCUGAGAGCAGCGGAUGACACCAAGGCGCGUCGGACAAGGGAAAAGAACAGCUCGGACAGCGGCAGCGGCACCACCACCAGACGGAGCAGUUCCGAGCCAUCUUCGGGGGCCCCUGGUGGCACUCAGCAGCCGGAUAAUUCGACCGAGCGUCCUCGAGGGAGUGCACGUCGAGACACGCCACCUCCCACUACCACCAACAAGCGAAAUUGGAGGAAAAAGCUGGACGAAAGCAUCGAACGUGUAGAUGAGGACAGCAGCAGCGGCGGUGGCAGCAGCAGCACAGCUGGGGGCGCUGACGGAAGCAGUGAAGGGGAAAGCUUACCUCCGCGGUCGAGGGGACCGUUAGAGGUGGCCAUUGGAGAUAGGGUGCGCGUCAAGUAUGGCCGAGGGCGACAGCUCAAGGUGUAUGAGGCCAAGGUGCUCCGCAUCGAGGACGAUGGCCCAGACCGCCGUUUCUAUGUUCACUAUACUGGGUGGAACAUGAGGUAUGACGAAUGGGUACGCAAGAACCGCAUUGUGGAGAACGUCACAGACAAGGCUGGCCGGCGUAAACGAAUUCACAAGGAUGUGCCGGACACACCUCCAGGAAGCAACAAAAGAGCUGUAGCAUCUAGAGGUGGAGUGCGUAGGGGCAGACCCCCAGGUUCAGUGCGAGGUGGUGUACACCCACGGCCCACAAGUGCCAGCAGCACACGUGGCAGGCGCCGGUCCGGGGCCCUUGGGUACGAGAGCGGAGGAAAUUCAGACGAGAGCAGCCAACAGGCAGCCGCUACGCCCCAGGAAGAAGAGCUCCUAAAAACAGCCAAGGAAGAGCCAGAGGAAGACAUUGAUGACAGGGAGUCCGGUGCCAGUAGUCUCUGUUCUACCGACCAAGCUGAUGCUCGGGAUCAGACUUCUCCACUGCCAGACAUGGUGCAAGAAGAACGGGAUACAAAGGAAGAGGAGAAGGAGAAAGAAGAGGAAGAUGAAGACACAGAUAUUGAUGAGGAUGCAUCUGGGCAAGCCAGGCCCCGCUCAGCAGAUGGGGAAGAAGACAGCAGGGCAGAUGAAGAAACACGAGGCGAUGAGCAAGAGGUCGAAGGUGACCGGACGAUGGAGGAAGAAAAAGAGGAAGAAGACGACAGUCUUUCUGGCAACUUGCUCAUUUAUGAAGAAAGCUCAACGGCGGAAGAACUGGACGUUGAGAAAGACGAGGCACAAGGAGUGACCGUAGAGGAACCACCGGCAGAGGCUCCAGUACCCACGGUUGAACAGAGCAAGGAAGAAACAAUAAUCGAAACUCCAUCGGCAGAAGAAGAGACGAAAGGUGAUGAUGAAGAACAGAGCAAGAGCCCCUCAGUAGUGGAAGCAGGUGCACAGAACGAUGAAGCAGUAGACGGCAUUUCUCUUCAGGCUUCCGCGACGGAGGAAUUGGAGACUACAGACUUCUUGCACGAGUCAGAAGUGAAGGACGAACCACUCAUCUGCGAAGAGGUGAUCCAGGAGAGCAAUUCAGAAGUUGAGAUGGAGUGUAAACUCGAGGACGCCAAAGACGAGGUUGAGGAGGAGGAGGAGGAGAGAAAAACGGAGCAAGGCGAGGCCGUAACGGCGAAGGAAGAAGAAGCAGUUCCUGAGUUGGAACCACCCGUAGAAGUGAAGCACGAAGAAGUAGCAACGGAGCCCAUCAUCGAAGAACCGCUCUACGAGGAGACUGAUGAAAUUAUCGAGAUGGAAGGAGAGCCCAUGACAAAGACCGUGCAAGAGCUAGUCGAGUCCGCACUCGAAGCCCUGGAGACGACAGAGGCAGACGACAUCGAAACUGCCCCUCACUGCGAAGACGUUACAACGUCGGUGGAGGUGAAGAAAGAGGAGGCUGUGACCGUGAAGACAGAAGAAGCCAACGAGGAAGAGGGUGAAACCCCGACGCCAAAGGUGAAGAAGAAGAAAGGUCCUCGGAUGAAAAAGAGCAAGCUCGAGGUGGCGGGGCAGAAGAGGUUGAAGAAGCGGAGCAGGAAGUUGCACAGCACCGUGGAGCGGAGGCAGCUGGCGGGAGCGCAAGUGGGGCAGUUCUCGAAGCGUCGGAAAAUGGGGAUGCGCGGUUGCAGACGAGAGGAUGCAGCAGGAAGCAGUCGGGAAGCAGUGGAAGCUGUCGCGGAGCCGGAUGAUUUCCUCUCGACGUUAGCCGAAGUGUGCAGUGGACAGGGGAGCAGCCUUAAGGAACAGCCUGUGGCAGCAGAGUCAGCAGACGCCUUGUUCCUCCUGUGUGAAGAGAAGGUGCCCGCCAGUCCCCUGCAUUCGGCAGCCGAUCUCUCUGUGCCUGUCUUGGAGAACACUCCCCCAACCACCCCGGAUGACAGCGAGGGAACUUCUUCAGAAGCUGCUUCCCCACACCGCAGCGGCUGUGGGCACACCGGCGGAGGCAGCGCUCCAGGAGUGGCAUCCUUCCUAGAUGCUGAGAGCACCCUUUCUGCUGAAGGAGACUCAGAGAAUAGUCAGGGCUUGGCAGACCUCAAGGGCGAAGGAGAAGACUCUUCCUCCUCGAGAACAACCGACAGUGCAGAGGCCCUGAAAGCAGGGGUGAAACGCACGGCUUCCGGUGCUGCACUCCCGGACCUGGAUGAGAUGGCAGCAGUGCAGACGGAUGGUGUAAGCACUUCGCCAGUGCAGGCAGCUAUAGCGGGGCCCAAGAGGGCCAGGAAAUCUACGGCACCACGAACGCCAACACGCUGUGAACCCAGCAUGAAGGCGCGGCAGCCCCGAAGCGUGCUCAAAGCCAGGGACAUGUUUUUGGGAUCAUCUCUGGAAAACACGGAAAUGGGGUUACGGCGGCCUUCCAAGUUCCACUUUGAUGCUCCUCUUGAUGAAGAUAUGGAGCCUGAACAACGUAUCAACGUGCUCCAAGAUCGGAUGGCGGAACUGCGCAAGGUGUACACAGCGCUCAAGGCUGAGGUGGCUCUCAUCGACCGGCGGCGCAAGCGGGCCAAAAAGAAAGACAGUGGUACGCCUGGGGCGCCGGACUCCUGCUCGACACCAGAGGCUCACUGCUUCUCCUAACACCUGGCAGGCUACUUUUUGUCGCUCGCACUACCUUCAUCGAGGUGGCUUUUCCUCCGCGGAGCUGCGGCUGCUACAGUUCACCAUCAUUGGUUCACCUGCCUGCAUUUGGCACCAGGGGGGUUGCUCAGCAUCCCAGUUGCGACCACAGUCACCAGGAUGGUACAAGCAAUGUUUGGCAUGCAAGAAACAGAUGCUCAACAGACAAGUCUCAAUGGAAAGCACACCUGUGCUAUGUUUCUCAGUUUUUCUCGCAACGCUCUCUUUUUUUUUUUUUUUUCUUCUCCUCCUCAAAUGUGCAAGCAGCUGGAAGAGACCGAUGUGGGGACCUCUACUGUUUUUUGGGGGUCGGAUUCCCGUUGUGUCGUAGCAGGCAUCUCACCUGUCACAUGCCGAACGUGGUUUUGAUGAGUGGUUUUAAAAUUUUAUUUAUUGUUUUAUGCAUACAGACAUACAGAUAAUUUUUAUACCUAUAUUUAUAUGCCAUAGUCACUGUACCAUACUUGUGAUUUGUUAAUUUUGGGGAAAACCACAGGGCUAGGGCUGCCACCUGCUCCACUGUGAGAGACACGGGGAAGGUGUUGAGAAAAUGGGGGCGUGAUAAGGGAGUGUCUAAAUGAUAGCAUGGAUUAGAAGCGCAAACAAUGAAAUUGGCUAGAGGGCACGUGUUGCAAAGACACGCUUCCCAUGCCGUUAAUGCACUGCCGCGUACAGCACCGCUUCGAGCUUGUCCUCAUGCAGGUCUGAUUGCACGAUUGAUUCCAGGACAGGAAGCCGUGAUAACUGUGUGUGAUUGAAUUUCAAGAGGUACAGGUGUUCGACGCCUGCAAGAAAAAAAAAAAUCUUGUUGGAAUUUGAAGACUAUUUUUAUGUCUACGUCUUUGCUUGGAAGUAGAGUGAAAACUGGACGUUCCUGCUGGUCCGUUGUUCAUACUGGUUAGGUGGCAACCCUAGAUGUCAGAUUUUUCAUGUCAGAUUUUUUCUUUUUUUUUCUUUUUGCUGGGCACAUUGUAAUUUGACCUUUUAUGCACUUUCCAUAGUGUGAGUCUGCUUUCCUGGUCCAACAGCCGCUCUCACCUUAUUUGUAUUUCAAAUUGCUCGACAUUUGUUCCUUCGUUAUUUUAAACAUGAUGUCCGUGGAGGUCAAGUUUAAGCUGACCAUUAUUUUUUUUCCUUCUUUUUUGAGUCCUGGCACCCACGUUCGCAACAUUUAACUGUUACUUGCAUUCUUUUGAAAUGUUAUCAAGUCUAGUUCCCGAAUUUGCUUCUCUCUUUUUGAAACUUGCAUUUUAUUUGUUGCAAACAGUGAAUUAUGUUGUCGUGUUUUGGUCUGUUCUGCCUAAGUUAAAAGCAUUAGACUUGCAUCUCACAAGGAUCACCACAUAAUUCACCAAGGUUACAUGUCAUGUUUCUCCUCUACCGGGUACGGUUAACCAUGAAACGAGCACAUGAGGUUCAUUUCAUUGCCAUUGUGAAAUUUUGGGCAGUAACAUCAUGUUGUUCAGUGCAGUUAUUGUGCAAGAAUCAGCAUGAAACGUACUUUCGAUUUAUGCUCCAGUUUAUCUUUAUUCGUGCAAAAUUCUAACCGAAAGGAUGGAGAGAAAGCAGGCAAGCCGAUGGCAACAUAUAUCUGUCGCAGAAACCCUGAGAAUGAGGGACAGGUCUGAGAGGACAGUCCCUCAUUCUCAGGGUUUCCGUUACGGAUAUCGCGUUACCUCUACUUUCCAAAAAAUGCUUUCCUCAGUCGGUCUUCUCUGCAAAGGGCCAGACAGUGAAGGCUUGCUCUGUUUGCUGCGUCACACCUUAUUGUAGCGAAUUAUGUUUCUAUCAGUGUCAAAGUUUCCAACUCUGCACUUUGAGGUUGUUUGGCUGGUAAGCUGCUCAAUGUAAGAAAUCUUGCACCAUAUCUGCAUGUGUUUCUUGAUUUCUCUCAGGUACGACUACCACCACAUUUUUUAAACGAUUGCACAACUGAUGUGAAACGAUCUGAUGGUUUUCCACACAGAAUAAUGUGAAUGUAAUGAUUGUGACAUGUGUAGGUAUGAAAUACCCUCUGUACAAACAGGACGGUGCCAGGAUGGUAACAGUCAGCGUACUGACAUGUUUUAGCAUGUCCAAGUUAAGUGUGACCAAUAUGUUUGACAAUAAUCUGUUGACAUAUUUUACGUGUACAUACACAUUUGUCUUUGUUUUAGUGAACAGUGACAUUUGGAAGAGAGAUGGCAAUGGACAACAUUGUGCAAAAAGACAAUGUAUCCUGUUGCAACGAGAAUUUGAAGCAGUAUUUGUACAAAAGAUUGGUUCAUGUUCGUGGCUUUUACUUUUGUACAAUACUCUGUAUAAAGAUUGUAGCGCAUUUCACUUGACGAGCCCCCGCUGUACAUACCAUGUUCCGUGGAUCUUGCAAAGGGGUCUCUUUUUAUGGCCACUGUUAAAUAUAUUGUGCAUUUUAAUUUAUUUCUACAUUGGAUGCAACUGUAUGUCGUUUUAUUUGAAGCUACCUUAACUCUCAAGAGUUGCCUACAAUAAAUGUAGAUGUAAUCAAA